AUGCCUCUCUUCGACACUCACAACACAUGGGCCUUUGUCUUUGGUUUGAUGGGAAAUGUCAUCUCCUUCGCCGUGUUCCUCUCUCCUGUGCCAACGUUCUAUAGGGUUUGGAAGAAGAAGACAACGGAAGGGUUUCAGUCUCUUCCAUACGUUGUGGCGCUCUUCAGUGCGACACUUUGGCUUUAUUACGCGACACAGAAGAAAGAUGUCUUCCUCCUCGUCACCAUCAAUUCCUUUGGAUGCUUCAUAGAAACUAUCUACAUCUCUAUCUUCCUUGUCUUCGCUCCCAAGAAAGCCAGGAUGCUGACAGUGAAGUUGCUACUUCUUAUGAACUUUGGAGGAUUCUGCCUGAUUCUUCUUCUAUGUCAAUUCUUGGCAAAAGGAACCACACGUGCCAAGAUCAUCGGAGGAAUAUGUGUCGGAUUCUCUGUUUGUGUUUUCGCUGCUCCUCUAAGCAUAAUCAGGACGGUAAUAAAGACAAGGAGUGUGGAGUAUAUGCCAUUUAGCUUAUCCUUAACCCUUACAAUCAGUGCUGUCGUAUGGCUCCUUUAUGGUCUUGCUCUCAAGGACAUCUAUGUUGCUUUCCCUAACGUGAUUGGUUUUGCCCUCGGUGCGCUUCAAAUGAUACUCUACGUGGUGUACAAAUACUGUAAAACGCCGCCGCAUUUGGGAGAGAAAGAAGUAGAAGCUGCUAAGUUACCGGAGGUGACACUUGAUAUGCUGAAGCUAGGCACAGUGUCAUCCCCUGAGCCAAUCGCAGCCGUUCGUCAAGCGAAUAAGUGUACCUGCGGAAAUGAUCGGACAGGUGAGACUGAAGAUGGACAAAAAUAA